AUGGUCGAAAACGAUGAUGGCAUGUUACGAGUUUUCUGGCCCAACAAUCUCACUCGCUCCACCACACCCGGUGUGAUAGUUGGGUGGAGGAAUUCCGCGCUGGAUUUGUUCGUCAUUACAAUCCUGGAAGAUGUCGAGGUACGCAGCGUCGAAACGGCUCUGAGAAUGGGCACGCUUUUCAGGAACAGCUUGUAUCCUGUCACUCGAAUCUUCCAGCUUUGUGACAAGCCAAACAUGCACGUCCUGGGCACGCUCAACCAUCCAGAUCUCCCAGAAGUAUUUGACCCUUCGAAAUUGUGUGCCUUUAUACUGCCAACCAGCAAGAGGCCAUAUCUGUACUGUCCAACGGACACCGGCUUAUCUGUCCAGAUCAUCCUGUUCGAUCCCCCGAAUCCCACUCAACUGCAAUACAUGUCCCUUGAGCCAAUCUCACUCACAUUCGGCCCACCCGCCACCUCCAAGAUGGUAGUAUCUCAGUCAGGAGACGAGAUCGACGCUGAAGAACAUCAGGAGCGCAAGUCAGCAACUCGGCUGGUUACAAAGCUUCGCUUUCACACGGUUGUUCGGCAUUCGGCCACGAAUAAGGACGUUGCACUGAACACUAUUCUUCGCCAAAUCAACUGCGCUCAAGAGGUAGCUGAUCUUCUGCAAAAGAAUAGCCCCCUCGUGGGACCUCGCAGGAAGCGAAGCUUGUCUGUGAGCGAAAGGGUUGUCGAGUCGGCACAAUCACUCUAUGCCUUUGCUGCGUGGAAUCUGUGGAAUCUAUUCAUGACUUCUGCAUACCCUACUCUGCUUUGGCUCUUCAAGGUUGCCAUCAUCGUGCAUCGAGUUGUGGCAGAGGCGGUUCUCCAGAUCCUAGAAUGGCGUCUGCCCUUCCAGGCGAGACGACUCAUGCAGGGCCAGACUGUGGUCAAGGGUGGAUUCGCUCUGAAAGACAUAUCUGCCUGCUGUCAGCAAGUUCACCUGCGGCUACAGCAAUUCUCGUACUAUCCGACCCAGUACUCACUGCUUCAGAAACGGCAUGCGACAUGGUCCUCGUUCCCAACUACUAACAGUGAUUACAUCCGCUUCUACAAUUCACUCUGGCUAGUUGCGAAUGAUGUCAUCAUCGGUAUUGCUCUCGGGAGCUUUAUCAACGACAAUGCUCGGACUACCGCACAGUUCAUCGGCGAUGUGCUUGAUCAAUAUAUGAUUGAGGGUCUCAAACGGAUGAUACGCUGGCUUAUGUCGUACCCAGGUGGCCUCAAGCUCAACACCGAACUGGCUGCGUUUUUAGGUGACCUGUUCUUGUGGGUGAUCGAAUACUGGUCCUCCACGUUACUCCUGGUCAUUCUUCCCAGACUUCCAAUCAUUGUCUAUUUAAUAGGCUUCUCGUCAUUCGCCGGUGCCAGUAUGCCGAUUGCGAUCUUUUCUGAUCUGCUCAGUCUGAUGACUAUCCACAUUUAUUCAUUCUAUGUUGCCAGUGCCCGCAUCUUCAAUUGGCAGCUCACCAUUAUCAUCAGCUUAUUCCAUCUAUUCCGAGGGAAGAAACGAAAUGUCUUGCGAAAUCGAAUUGACAACUGCGAUUAUGACUUGGAUCAGCUGUUGCUCGGUACCAUUUUGUUUACAUUGCUCUUCUUCCUGCUCCCGACAGUCGUGGUAUUUUACUUGACAUUUGCUUCGGCAAGAAUGGCCAUCAUUUCUCUGAAGGCGACAUUAGACGCCUGCCUGGCGUUUCUAAACCAUUUCCCGUUGUUUGCAUUAAUGCUCAGGAUCAAAGACUGCAAGAGGCUGCCUGGAGGCCUCCACUUCCAAUUACUCGAUACGGAGCAGAUUCACGUGCCUCGCCAGGAGGAGACUCAGCAAGAGGGCCGAGAUGAGGGCGAAGACGCAAGCAGCGAAGACAGCGAGACAGGAUCCAUUUCGAUGAGUGUGGCUUACAUCUGUCUGUCGUCGACGCCGCUGUCUCUGAGGCAGAUCUUCGAGCAGUACUUUCAGUUGUGGGCACGUAUCCGGCGGCAUUAUCUGUCGCCUAAGGUGAUGCUGAGGCUACUGACGGGACGCUUUGUUCCACCUCUUGGGAGGAACGAGAUGUAUGGGCUCCAAUACUCGGCCCUACCACGAGAUAGGGCCACGAUUGGAGAGGUAUGGGACAGCUUGAGUGAAUUGCAUCCCAAUGAUUCUGCCACGAAGAAGUCUUCACCAUCUCUGCAUAAUGAAUCCCUCGGAGUAUAUGGCAAUACAAUUGGAAGGUGUUGGAAAUAG